AUGUUCGAGCCACUUGUUCCCGUCGGUCUCGGCGCGCACCAUGAUUGCAGUAGUGUCAGCAGUGCUAACCGGGAUCGGGAUCGAAAUACAACUCACUCCCAUGUUAUGCAGUGCCACUUCGCUCACGACGGCUCGCCUAAUGCGGAUGUUAUGAAGCACGUACCUCAUGAUAUCUUCGUCGCUAUGGGUAUCGUCCAUUUCUUCAGGAAGCAUUACAGUGACCCAGUCAGCUUCCUCGUUGUCCGGACCGUCGAAGAACUGAGAGCCUACGCUGACCCAGACUUCAUCGUCAAAUCCCUCUAA